AUGAUCAUAGGAAUUAAGUUUGAAGGGGUAAACUUGGAUUUGGAUGAUGCUGCAGAAAAAUUACUGAAAGAAUUUGAUUAUUCUCAUGAUAAUCAAAUUGAUUUUGAUAAAUUCUUUGAUGGUAUAUCAAAAUGGCUCAAUGAAGUAAAUCGAGGAAAUAGAUCUGGUGAUCCUGGUUCUCAGACAGCAAAACUUCUAAGUGACUUUCACGACCAAAAAAAGAGUGAGCAUGAUUUGUUGGAAGCUGAUGAACAAAUUGACGAGGUUGUUGAGGCUGUUGAAAACCCCAAGUGGACCUCCUUCGAAGCAUAUUCAAUGCUGGUGAUUGGAACCAUUAUUUCUACUGCAUUCGCUAAUCCUCUUAAAGAUAUUGUUAUUAACUUUUCAAAUGCAACAACUAUUCCUUCAUUCUUCAUCUCAUUUGUUGCACUGCCUUUGGCCACUAAGUUAAGUGAUGUGAUACCAAUACUCAUUUAUGCCAGCGGUAAAAGUAAGAAGAGCGCUUCAUUAACAUAUGAUGAGUUUCCGUACCACCUUCCCCCCUCGACAUCCUUAGUUGCUUACAUCCUUUAUCCCUUCUCCUUGGCACUGAUUUAUGUUCUUGAUUAUGACUUUGUGUUCAACUUGUAUGUAAACUCUUCUAAGGUUCUCUUUGGUGCAACUUAUAAGGUUAAUGAAUUGGCUGGCUGGGUUAAGCCGCAUAUUAUUCUCCAAACUCUUGCUAUACUUUCUCUCUCAGUUGUGUAA